AUGUACGAAGAUUCUUGGUACAACUUCGUGCCGGAUCAUACUCAUAAGAGAAAUCCUUCUAUACCACAAACUUCAGGACAUAGAAGAAGAGAAUCCCUCCUUCAACAACCCAAUGGAAAUAAGCAACCCGAUGUAGUCGAACCACUUGAACAAUUAUUCGAAGAACCCGAAACAUCAAUUGAUCCUCCCGAAGCAACUUUAAGUCGAAGAGCCAAGUCAUACUCCGAUUUCUACCAUGUCGUUCGUGCGCAGCUCUCUAAAGAUGCUGCUGCAAAGAAGAGGAGGAAGAAGACUAAGGACAGGAGUUUAGAUGCGUUGAUGGUAGAUAAACUCGAAAACGAUGUUCAAACCCGAAAUAUACCCCAGUCCGAAUCUCUCGAUACCGAAUUGAUCGAGGCUAGCCAACAGGAAUAUUUACUAUAUCGAGACCAAUUAGAAAUGACUGAACGCCAUCUAGAUACACUUAUAAGCGAUGCGAAUGGGGCCUUGGAUUUAUUGACCUCUUUAGCAGACUCUUUCCGCGCUGUAGAGUCACAAACGUCCUCUUUUCAAGCCCAAUGUGACGAUCUCUUAUCGGAACAGAAGCGAUUACAGAAAUUGGCCGAUGAGGUCGGCACCGAUUUGCAUUAUUAUGCCUACCUCGAUGGUGUUACGAGAAGGUUGAAUGCCCCGGGGGCUAGUCGAUUAGUAAACCACGAUAAUUUCGGCGAGAUUUUAACGAAUCUUGAUGCUUGUAUCGAGUUUAUGAUAAAGCACCCUGACUACCGGGAUGCUGAAUCAUAUCUGGCAAGAUACCAAUCUCUACUCACUAAGGCUCUUCACCUGCUUGAAGUUGGCUUUACUGGUCAUCUGGAGCGGGUCUCUUCGGAAAUAUCGAAACAAAUCGCGGCUACGCAAUCUGAAUCCGCUAGGCAUGCACUUGCUUACGGCCGAUUUGAGGAGACUGUGCUUGAAGUAGAUGGUUUAGUAGCAAAUGCCCAGCGUGUUAUUCGCAGCUGCUAUGAUCAGCUGGGAAACCCGAUUCUUGAACAAAGCUUUGACUACUACUCCAAUACUGCUUUAAAUAUAUUCUCAUCAUAUUCGGAUGUCAGGGAUCGCGAUUUACGUCCCAUGACUCAACAUGAUCUUGAAGUUUUCAAGAAAGACGUCAAGGAAAGUAAUGCAGAAACAGCUUGUCGCAAUUUCAUCAAGCAAUGCUAUGAGCGAUCUUAUGAUGAAGCUAGUUUAUUUGGCAAAAUAUUUUCUAUUGAACCCCAAUACAAUGUUGACCCUCAGUCCGCCUAUGCGGCUUUGAAAACUCACCAAAAAGCAUUGGUCAACGCUGCGAAUAUUGCCCCGGUCGCAACAACAUUACAAUCGGUUCUUCAAACAAGUGAGCUUCAGACAGUCUGUAAUCUUCUCGGAUGGAUUACGAACGAAUAUCUUUUGCUGGAAUACGAUGAAGAGGAAACUCAAUAUUCGAUUCACUGCCAUGAUCUCACUGCGCGAUUGCUUAUUGAGCACCUCUGGCCUUUUACCGAUAGCGCUUUCGACGCUGAAGUAACAAAGUCUAUAUCAAAGGCUCCAAUUCCACCAGAUUCCCUUAAGAUUGCACCAGUCGUAAAUGGUGUCGCAUCAUCCAAUACCCACCCAAUAACGAAGCGCGCCCUUGAACUCUUGGCCAUGUACGAUCAAGCUAUGCCAAAGGAACGAAGUUCGAGCGCGGUUGUCUUUCGAAUUAUUAACCAGACCAUUCUUGCCAUGCAACGUGCCGAGUCUCGUCUGAGGGCUAACAAAGCAGCCAUUCCCGAUCCCGAUCCUGACUUAUUUAUGAUCAAGAACCUUCUUAUUCUCAAAAAUGGGCUGGUAUCACUUGAAAUCGGCGAUGUCAGGUCACAUCCAGCAGCAAUGCAACAUUUUGGCCGGAUUUGGGACGCUCUCAGUCCUCAAAAUUGGCUGGGUCUAUUCCGCGGUGUCCUUGGUGGCUCUUUGUCCCUUGGUCUAUGGUCAUCGGUUGUCGGUACCUCUCCUGCCACAAAUGGCAAGGCAAUACAAGCUAAAGCUCCAGCUCAGCCGGAGCAAGACGCAAACGAGAAGUUGGAUGAAUUAUUGCGGCAAAGCAUUUACGCAUUUACUCAGAGGUGGGGAACACUAACCAACGGAGCUAGAAGUGGUAAACGAGGCGCUAAGAGCUUGGUAACCACCGAAAAAGAGCUCGACGAGAAGCUCCUCAUUGCUUUUGGCGGUCAACCAGAGGUGGUCGCCAAGUUGAAGGAAGCGAUACAAAUCAAUGCCCAAGCUCAGAAAGAGAUUAAAGCCGAGAAAGGGGUAAAAUAA